ACAUACUGAAAGUUUCGAUGUUUGUUAAUUAGGAACAAAAUUAGGAAAAAUUUUCAAAUCAACGAAAAAUAAAUGAAAGCAUUCAGAUUUCAGAAGACAAAAGUAUUUUAUUUUUGUUUGUUUGUGGGGCACCCACUCUACUGCAAUACAACAGUUUACCUAAGCAACCAAGUAAGGAGGCUACGUCAAAAGUGUUAAAAGAAGGAGCUGACUGGAGGGAUGUCGGGAGUGGGGAGGCUAUCAAAACAGCUACUUUACGAUAGCAGUACAAGACUACACUUUAUCUUAACGCAAACUGUGUCUGUUACUGAGAAUACAGUAGACUAUUUCGCUGACUCUGAUCACGAUGGUACACUAUGGAUUGAAAAAGUUGAAUCUAUGCUUUACAGACCGUAUGACAUAGCACGCUGUCUGCAAGAGAGAUCUCCCUUCAGGAGUGAUAUCAAGAGUUUAAGAAACAUGCCAAUACAGGAAACUAAAUAUUCGGAGAAUUCACCCGGUGCUACCUUAUCUUUGGGUGGUCGAAUUUCAAUUAUGAAGCGCCCAGCCUCGUCAACCCCGUCUAUAAAGGACAUGAAGUUACGGUUCUGUGUGCUUGAAAACUCGGACAAGUUCUCUUUAGCGGCGGUGCUUCAUGUGGAAUCUCUGAAAUGUGGAGAUAUUGCUUCACGUCUUGGUUUGGCAAGCUACACAGAGUCAGAUAUCAGUGCAGCGUUCAAUGGUAUUACGGGUAUAGCGUGGUCCCCUCUUCCUACAGCUCCUAGCAUUCCUAGCAUUCCUUCAAUCAACAAACCCUCAAACGAUGCUGGUACCACCACGUCCUCCACAUCUCCAAUAUCUCCGACUGUACAAGCUGAGGAAGGUAAAGGUGAAACUCUACCAAGUUUAGAGCAGCUACCAUCAGACACAAUAGAAUACAUCGCCAAACUAACCGAGGGGCAGAGCUCUGCGGAGGAGAACAUCUGGAAACUGCUGAGAAAGAAACGCAUUACUGCGAGCAUGUUUGGAAUGGUUCUCAAGGCUAUUGAUGGGAAGAGGUAUCCGGAUUAUCUGUUUAAAAAUCUGCUGAACAAGUAUGAUUUAUCUCAUGUUGCUGCAAUCAAGUGGGGUAAUGACAAUGAAGAUAAUGCUAAGCUUGCUUACGAAAAAUUUACAGGAGUAAAAGUAGAGUCAAGUGGGUUGUGGUUACACUCCAGUGGUAUCCUGGGAGCCUCCCCAGACGGGCUCCUCCCUGAUGGUAUAGGGCUGGUAGAGUUCAAGUGUCCUUAUACUCUGAGAGAGAUGAGGGUAGAGGACGCUAUAGGGACUGUUCCUCGCUUUUAUAUCAAGAGAAGGGACGAUGGAACUGUUUAUUUGGAUCCUAAACAUCCUUAUUAUCACCAGAUACAAGGAAUGCUUUACAUAAUAGGGAGAGAGUACUGUGACUUCUGUGUGUGGAGUCCAGUGUCUGAGCCCUACAUCCUGCGUAUAGACAAGGACCCUGCUUGGGAAGAGUCACUCUCCAAACUCAUUACCUUCUACUUCAAACAGUUCCUGCCCCGAAUAACAGGUAAUCCAGAUGAAGAGUGUGUUUAUGAGGAGUAUCUUAUCAUGGUGUCUAAUAUUGAUAAGAUAAUGGAGGAUUCCAAGCAGAAGAGAGAGGAGAGGAGGAUGAGGAAAGGUGUGGUUAGUGAAGAGCCCGGGUGUUAUGAUUCCUCUGUGAUAAGAGAUCUACCCGAGAUGAACCAGGAUGACAUUGUGAAAGUGGCUGCUCUGACCUCGUCCCCGUUUGAACAUUUCCACUCUAAGCUGUGGUUCACAAUUAGAGAGCACAGGUUAACUUCCAGCUCUUUUCACAAAGUGUUAUCAGCUGUAAGUAGGGACUCUUACGCUGCCUCCCUCUACAAAUCAAUAAUGGACGAGUAUUACAUGGUGAACACUAACAUAGCCAAACUAACCCGGGUAAAUACAGUUAAAGCUAUCGAGAAGUAUGAGGGGGAGAAGUCAGUGACGGUGUUGCCCAGUGGAUUGUGGUUAGAUCCAAGUGGUAUUUUAGGAGCAAGUGUUAAGGGGCUCUUACCUGACGGUAGAGGGAUUAUUGAUGUGAGAUGUUUGUACAAAUACAAGAACGUGUCUAAUAUCAGGGAGAUUGUAGCUCUUAACGACCCUAAUUUCUACCUGGAGGAAUCAGAGUCAGGGCAGCUUGUUCUGAAGAAAUCUCACAGAGUUUACUCUAAGAUUCAGGGUGCGCUGUAUUUCUCUGGGAGAUCGUAUUGUGACACGAUAACCUGGACUCAGGAUCUAUCCCACGUGACCAGAGUGGAGCUGGAUCCUGAUUGGCAGAGGAAUCUGGUGGUUUUGAGACAGUUCUACGUGGACAAACUCUUUCCUAGGUUGUGUGAUAAGUGGGGUUAUGAUAAUGUGAUCAAGGAUCUGAGGACUUUGGCACCGAGAAGUGAGGGAUAGUUGAUGUCAUGCUUGCAUAUAUCAAGUUGUUUUUAAAGUUAUAACUUUUUAUUAUUUAUUUUGGCGAUCUCUACCAAGUUUAUUUUUCAGGGAUCAAAUUUUAUCGACCGCGGUAUUUAUUUUGAUCGGUUUUUAAACUUUUUUAUUUCUUUUCUCAUUUAAAUUCAAUUUUAAACUUGAAUAAUGAUGAUAUCAUAUUUGUAUACUUGUACGAUGUAUUCUUAAUAACGAAUCAAUCACAACAAUUUUAUAAAACCUGGUUU